GUUCUCUCUACCUGCUUCCCCAGGGGCUUUUUUGGCUGUUGCUGAGCCAUCUACAUUGUGUCGGAUGUGACUGCUAAAAUCCCUCAUCUUCCCAGCGCAAAGAGAAAGCGAAGGAAUAUAUGUUGCCUGCCAAAGACGUUGGGACCUGCUGACGUGACCCUUCUGUAUUGCAGCUCUCUGUUAGUUGGACACUGGUGGCUCCAUGUCCCAACUCCAGAGCUCCUGGGAAACACACCAGCAGAACAUGGCUUAUCUUCAAGAUACAGAUAUGGAGACUGUAGCGGCUAGCACAUCGCUUCCCGACCCAGCCGGUGAGUUUGACAGGAACGUGCCCCGUAUCUGUGGUGUCUGCGGGGACAGAGCCACUGGUUUUCACUUCAACGCGAUGACCUGCGAAGGCUGCAAGGGCUUCUUCAGGAGAAGCAUGAAGAGGAAGGCGAUGUUCACGUGUCCGUUCAACGGUGACUGCAAAAUCACCAAAGACAACCGGCGGCACUGCCAGGCCUGCCGGCUGAAGCGCUGCGUGGACAUUGGCAUGAUGAAAGAAGUCAUCCUGACAGACGAGGAGGUGCAGAGGAAGCGUGAGAUGAUAAUGAAGCGCAAGGAGGAGGAAGCGCUCAAGGAGAGCCUGAAGCCCAAACUCUCAGAGGAGCAGCAGAAAGUCAUUGACGUCCUCCUCGAGGCCCAUCGCAAAACCUACGACCCCACGUACUCUGACUUCACCAAGUUUCGGCCGCCCGUUAGAAGCAACCCUAGCAGCAGGGUGGCAGCGAGGUCCUCCUCCAUCCUCACCCAGGACUUGUCCUCAGAGGACUCCACCGACCUCUUUGGCUCUGAUGCCUUCAACACGUUUCCAGAGUCCAUGGAGCCCCAGAUGUUCUCAAACCUGGUCCUCUCUGAGGAGAAUGAUGAGAGUGCCUCCAUGAACAUCGACUUCUCCCACCUCUCCAUGCUUCCACAUUUAGCAGACCUGGUCAGCUACAGCAUACAGAAGGUGAUCGGCUUUGCCAAAAUGAUCCCAGGAUUCAGGGAUCUGACAGCAGAGGACCAGAUCGCGCUGCUGAAAUCCAGCGCCAUUGAGGUGAUCAUGCUGCGUUCAAACCAAUCCUUCACCCUAGAGGACAUGACGUGGACCUGCGGCAGCAACGACUUUAAGUACAGGAUCAGUGAUGUCACCCAAGCUGGCCACAGCAUGGACCUGCUCGAGCCGCUGGUGAAAUUCCAGGUUGGCUUGAAGAAGCUGAAUCUUCACGAGGAAGAGCACGUGCUCCUCAUGGCCAUCUGCAUCCUGUCCCCAGAUCGCCCUGGCGUGCAGGACAAAUCGCUGGUGGAGUCGCUCCAGGAUCGCCUCUCGGAGAUCCUCCAGACCUACAUCCGCUGCAGGCACCCGCCGCCAGGCAGCCGCCUGCUCUACGCAAAGAUGAUCCAGAAGCUGGCUGACCUGCGGAGCCUGAACGAAGAGCACUCCAAGCAGUACCGCUGCCUCUCCUUCCAGCCCGAGCACAGCAUGCAGCUCACGCCGCUGGUGCUCGAGGUCUUCGGCAACGAGAUAUCCUGACUCCGCCCGUGAGGUUGAGCACCCACGAAUAAAGGGAUAAGUCAGCCCAGCUUCCCAGAGGCAGCGAGUGGAGGGAUGUGACCCUGGGCAGGAGUUUGUACAUAGACAAUUUGAUUUCACACUACUGGUAAUUCUACUUGUUUUCUCCUCCACGGCAGCUGGGGUUUGCUGCUGCAGAGCAGUGACAGACCCACUUCUGUGUUUGGUCCCUCUUCCCCUUCCGUGAGUGACUUUUCUGCUUGUCUGCCGUCUGCAAGAGCUGACUUAUCCCUUUAUGGAUAUUUUGAGGCUGUCUUUGUGCUGGGCUGCCUCAAACCACUUCUUUCUGAACCAAAAGGUUGGGCUGCUUGGAAAGGGAAGUGCUGGGAUGUUGCAUGGGGAAGCAGACUGGCGGCGUUGGGGAGCGCUCAGCGCUGCCCUCCGUUCCCCCUCUAAAAUCUGCAGCACAGACACCGAGUGUGUUCAGGGCUGCCCGAGAGACCCAUGCGCAUGGCCCCCCAUUUCAGGAGAGAUGCCGAUUGAUUUGCACCCCCCCCAAAUCUCUGCAAGAAAAUGCCCUGGCCCCCCUGGCCAAGGCAGAAGCUGUGCUGUGCUGUAGGCUCCGUGUCGCUGCGUGCAAUGAAAACCACUCCUUUGAGCUGCUGUGAGGCUGGUGAGAGGCCAAAGCCAUGUGUCAGGGCUCACCUCUGGCCUGAGAGGGGAGACGUGUCCUAAAUCUUUAGAGGGGAUAGCUGGACAUGCUGUAAUUUGCGUUCCCAACACUGCUGCCCAGCAAUGAGGGAGCAGAGAGCGCAGGAGAACGGCCAGCCUCUGCACCACGGUGAGACCGCUUGCGUCGAGCUGUUCUCAGCAGGUUUGCCAAGCCUGUGCGAAUCUCGCGUAACUCCUCCGCGCUCACCCCAGCUCAUGCUGGGAACACGAUUCAGAAAUGACACCCGUUGACACCACAGGCCUUGAGCAGCCAGUGAAGGCGGCGUUGCGUUAAUGGCGAAGGUCCAAGUUCGGAUCCAGCCUGCUGAGGUUGCCUUUGUGACGCUGGAAAACCAGCCCUGAGGCUGCUCGGGGUUGUCCUGCACGCUGCUGUCCCUGCUCGGUGCCACCCUGCAGAGACCGGGCCAGUGGUGAAGGGGUGGCCCUUUGUCUGCACUAAACCAGAGCGUUGUGCUUUGCUCUUGCACACGUCUGGGGCAAUCCCCAUGCAAAGGAGGCCCUUCGUGCAGCAAAGCCAGCUCCCCUGCGGGCCAAAACCUCCUGGCGCUUCUCAGGGGAGAGCCUGUUCUUGCUCCCUGGCAGGGUUUAAGAUUAGAGGACGUAUCCCCCAAGCAAAAGCAAGCCAGACAGUGGGAGCGAAACCUCCAGGAGGGCAGAUUUAGGGCCACGGAGCAAUCCAUGAUGGCCCCAGCUGGGGCAUAUGGGCUGCAUGUGGGUCUCUGGGAGUGGGAGGCAGCUGAAAUCAGUGCAUCUCUCAGCCCCAGCGGCAGGGGAGGGCACACAGCCAGCGGGGCCCGUUUGGGCACCGUCUUAUAAAUGCAGCCCUGGUGCCAGUAAAGCCCAGCGGAGCUGCAAAAAGGGAGCCGUUCUCCCCAAAACGGGGAAGAGACACUGCUUGCCUCUGUCCCAGCUGCCAUCGCAGGGACUGCAAGAGCCAAGUGCCUUGAAAGGCUGCGCUGGGCGAGGACCUUCCGUGUCCGCCGGCUCCUCACCGAGCAGCGGCCCCCGCCGGGAAGCAUGGAAAAGCCGUUGCGUCCUCAGUCCCCUACUCCAGACCUUCCCCAACCAUGGGGCGCAUCCCUCGCUGCCAGCCCCAGCUCGGGCCUUUAACCCAGGAGCUGCUGAGCAGGGACCUGGCAGCAACGGGAAACCACUGCUGCAUCCCACGACAGGCAGCGCCGCUCCAAGCUUUUCCUGGGGCUAACCUGUCCUGAAACCGGCCGAGCGAGCGGCCCGGUGUAAGUGACUGAUUUAAUACAGCCACGAGCUGCCGGGGGGUGGAUUUGAAGGAUGGCGAAUGUGAAUCCAGCGUGGGACCGGGGUGGCGAUGCACUUUAUCCAGGGGGGAUGCCAGGAGCCUCCCGGGGCUGUG